AUGGCGGAUUCUCAUGCGCCUGAGAUGUCCGAGGUCGGCAAAGUGCCUUCUGAAGCAGCCAUCAACGCCGAUCUUCCCACUACCGAAACUGUCCAACCUAUCGACGUUCAUCCCGUCGAAGCGCCAACCAUUACCAUCCACAGCGAGAUCCCUGCCGACUCGAGGGCUCCCACGGAGGACAAAAAUGCCAAAGCUGCAACUCCGACGGCGGCCGGGGGCAGCAAACCCACACCACCCGCCGCUAAACCCAAAAUCUCCUACUUUACGCUCCUAACUCGAUAUGCCACCCCGCUGGACAAGGGACUCAUGAUCUUUGGCGCUCUCGGGGCAGCCGGGAGUGGUGCCAUCCUCCCCCUCAUGACCAUCGUAUUUGGUGAUCUCACCCAGAUCUUUAACAAUGCAGCAGUACAUCACCUCGGGUAUGACUACCUCAUGCCGCAGAUCAACGAAAAGGCACUCAUCUUCGUCUACCUCGGCAUCGCCAUGUUUGUCGGCACCUACAUUUACAUGUCUACGUGGCUCUUCACCGGCGAAAACAUCUCCCACCGCAUUAGAGAGGGUUACUUGCAGGGUGUGCUCAGGCAGAACAUCGCCUAUUUUGAUAAUAUUGGUGGAGGGCAGGUCUCCACGCGCAUUAUCACGGACACGCAGAUGGUUCAAGACGGGAUUAGCGAGAAGGUGCCCAUGUUGUUGAUGAACGUGGCCACCUUCGUUGCUGGGUUCUCCGUGGCUUUUGCACAUUCCUGGAAGCUGACGCUCGUUUUGGCGUGCUGUGUGCCUGCUAUUGGCAUCACUGCUGCUAUGAUGGGCAAGUUCAUUGGCAGAUUCACGAUUGCCGGUCUUAAGUCGUACGCGAGCGCGGGUGACGUCGCCGAAGAGACUUUCGCCUCGAUCCGGACUGUUACCUCGUUCAUGGCCCAGGACAAAAUGGCCAAAGCCUAUUCCCGCCUUCUCGACGCAGCUGAAAAGUUCGGUGUGAAGAAACAGAUAGUAAUGGGAAUAGGAUGGGGCGCGAUCCAGUUCGUCGUCUUCGGCACCUACGCCCUCGCGUUUUGGUACGGCUCCAUCCUGCUCUACGACGGCGAGAUCAAUCUCGGAUCCAUCAUGACGUGCUUCUUUUCCGUCCUCAUUGGCGCCUUCGCUCUCGCCGGAACGUCGAGUGAGAUCACCGCUAUCAACUUCUCCAUUGGUGCUGGCACGACCUUGUUUGAGGCCAUCGACCGCGUGCCCGAGAUCGACUGCUACUCGUCGGAGGGGUUCAUGCCAGAACCAGUCCGUGGCCAUAUCAAGGUCGAGCAUGUGGCUUUCAGGUACCCCUCACGGCCGGAAGUCGUUGUCUUGCAUGACAUGACCGCGGACAUCCUGCCCGGCACGACUUGCGCCUUGGUUGGAUCUUCAGGUAGUGGUAAAUCCACCAUUAUUCAGCUCCUUGAGCGAUUCUACAACCCGGAAUCUGGCACCAUCUACCUCGACGGCGUCAAUAUCAAGGAUAUCAACGUGCGGUGGUUGCGGAGACAGAUGGGAUACGUCACUCAGGAACCCGUGCUGUUCAAGGGAACGCUGUGGGAAAAUGUGGCGCAUGGGCUCGUCGGAACAAGCUACGAGACCUGGACGAAGGAGAAAAAAAUGGAGAUCAUUAUCGAGGCGUGCAAAUCCGCCAACGCGCAUAACUUCAUUAUGGCUCUCCCGUUCAAAUACGAGACGCGCAUUGGUGAGCGGGGUCUUCUCCUGUCCGGCGGACAGAAACAGCGCAUCGCCAUCGCAAGAGCGAUCGUCAAGAACCCGCCGAUCUUGCUCCUUGAUGAAGCCACAUCAGCUUUGGACACCGAGUCAGAGAAGCUUGUUCAAGAAGCCCUCGACCGUGCCGCGGAGGGCCGGACCACGAUCGUCAUCGCCCAUCGCCUCUCGACUAUCCGUAACGCAAACCAAAUCAUCGUAAUGGACCGCGGACGCAUCAUCGAGGUCGGCGACCACCACUCGCUCGUUGCCAAAGGCGAAUCCGGUUUCUACGCCAAACUCGUGGAAGCACAGAAAAUCAGCGCGAAAAAGGAGCAGGAGGAAGCGCCCGCAGGCGGUGCCGCACCUCCCGUAGACCCGGAUGCUAUCAUCAUCGACCCCGUGGUGGCCGAGACAGAGGAGGCAGCGAAAUCCCUCCGCCGUGGAUCGCUCCACCGCCGCGAGUCCCGCAAAUCCGCACACUCGCUAGAUUCCACUGCUCUCGGGAAACGCGCCGAGUCGGUAGGCCUUCCCGCCGCCAUCGCCGAUGUGGAGACGGACCGCACCACUUUGGACAUCUUCAAACGGCUUCUUGUUCUCAACCGCCCCGAGGCGUUCUACAUGACUAUUGGUGUGAUUGGAGCCAUCGUCAACGGCGUUACGCAACCAAUUUUUGCGAUCCUCUUCGGUCGCUUUAUUGGGGUGUUUGCUCUUCCAGACUUGAACGAUAUGCGAUCACAGGCGAAUUUCUGGGCGGCUAUGUUCCUCGUAAUCGGCAUCGCGAACUUGAUUGCAAGUUUCGUCAAGUUCGCUAUGUUCGGCAUUAGUGGAGAGAAGUUGACAACGAGGUUGAGGGACAAGAGUUUCAGGGCUAUGAUGAGGCAAAACAUCGCCUGGUUUGAUAUCGAGGAGCAUUCUGUCGGCGCUCUAACAUCCAACCUCAGCAACGACGCCCAAAACGUGCAAAACAUGUCUGGCCAAAUCGCUGGCAACCUCAUCGAGCUCGCCGCCUGUAUCGCCGGUGGCGCCGUCGUUGCCGUCUCCACGGGCUGGAAACUUGGUCUUGUCGUGCUCGCCACUCUCCCGCUUAUGAUCGCCGCCAACAAAUGGCGUAUGGACCUCAUCCGUAAGGGCAACCAAGCCACCAAGGUGUAUUACGAGUCCAGCGCGCAGGUCGCGUGCGAGGCUGUUGGGUCGAUGCGCACAAUCGCGGCGCUGACGAGAGAGAACGAUGUGGCGAACACGUAUCAUAGGGAUCUGGAGACCCCCUUGGCGAUUGGGCACCGGAAUGCUUUUGGAAACACGGCCAUCUAUGCUAUGUCGCAGACUAUCACGUUCUUGAUCAAUGCGCUUGGGUUCUGGUAUGGAGGGAGGUUGAUUGCCACUGGAGAGUACGCCGGUCAAGAGGGCUUCAAGACAUUCUUUACAACCUUUAUGGCCAUCACCUUCUCUUCGCAAGCCGCUGGACGCGUUUUCUCCCUCAUGCCCGACGUCGGCAAAGCUAAAGACUCUGCUCAGUACAUUCUCAACCUCUUCGACCGCACGCCACCGAUUGACUCCUGGAGCACCGAGGAGAAGACCCACGUCGACAAAGAGGCCGUCCAAGGGAAGGUCGAGUUCAAGGACGUGCACUUCGUGUACCCCAACAGGCCUUCGAUUAAGGUUUUGAAGGGAUUGAACUUGACGAUUUUGCCGGGUCAGUUUGUGGCGUUGGUCGGGCCCAGUGGGUGUGGUAAAUCCACCACCGUCGGUCUCAUGGAACGCUUUUACGACGUCGACCGCGGCAGCGUGGACGUCGACGGCGUGCCUCUCACGUCGCUUAACAUCCACACUUUGCGAUCCUUCGUCUCGCUUGUCGGACAAGAACCUAACCUGUACGACAUGACCAUCAGAGAGAACAUCGUCUACGGCUUGCCUGCUGAGACCAUUGCAGGGCUGAGCGAGGAUGUGAUCAUCAAGGCGGCCAAGGACGCGAACAUCCACGAGUUCAUUACGGGCUUGCCGGAUGGGUAUAAUACCUCGUUGGGCGGCAAGGGAGCGCAGUUGUCUGGGGGACAGAAGCAGCGUAUCGCAAUUGCGCGCGCCCUCAUCCGCCAGCCCAAGAUUCUCCUGCUCGACGAAGCGACCUCAGCAUUGGACGCAACCUCGGAAAAAGUGGUCCAAGAAGCGCUCGACAAGGCCGCGAAAGGGCGCACGACCAUCGCGAUCGCCCACAGACUGUCGAGUAUCAAAUCGGCGGACGCAAUCUACGUGUUCAAGGACGGUGUUGUCGCCGAGAGCGGCACGCAUGCGGAGCUGAUCGAGCAGAGGGGCCUGUAUUACCAGAUGGUUAUCCAGCAGGACUUGGGCGAGGAGUAA